AUGCGGUCGCUGCACCUCGACAUUCCUGACGUCGCAUACGGGGCGCCCCAGCUUCCGGCAGUCGUCCGGAGUCUAGUGGGCGACAUGGCUCGCAACUACCGGGUUGCCCCAGUGGACGCGGCGAAGAUCCAAUAUCUCCGCGCACCUAUGGAGAAGAUGUUCCGAUACGCCGUGAACCUCGUAGACCUCGACUUCCCCGCGCUCGAAGAUUUCCCGGGCGUGCUCUCUUCGGCAACCUUCCGCCUGCGGGACCUGUCCACUACGGGCACCGGGUUCGGCGUGCUUCACGCAUGGGAGAACUGGCCUGCUCUCAACUUAGACUUCGAUCGGGUUUGCCUGCACACUCCCCUUCGCAAGCUGCGGACCCUUCGGACGCUCGACCUGGACUUGAAGGGAAUAUGGUGCUCAGCGCGGAGUCUCAACCCGGCGUUCUCCCAAUAUCACAUUACACACCUCACUCUCAGGGGCGCGGCAGACCGCUCCCUCGCACACGACCUCCUCCCCAUUGUGGGGGAUCGCCUCGUAUCCUUCAGGCUGAUUCUUGCAUCGCGCGACGACACCUUUGAGCCCAGCAUGGACCUCUGGCCCACGCAAAUCCUCGGAGACGCGAGGCUACCGCUCUUAAAGUACCUUGAGCUAGAUGAAUCUGCGCAUGUGUACCACAGCUUGCUGAAUAGCACAAUACAUCGCCAACAUAUGACGUUCCUGGUGCAGGGCGCAGGAGAGGACGCACAGGUGACGGGCCUGGAGAAGGGCGUGAAACACGGCGGGGUCCACACUCUGGCACCCUCGCAGAUGACAUCGACGGCAGACAAGGGCGACGCGAGCGACAAAGUCCUCCACGAGUCGGGGGGCCGCGUCAUGAGGACGAAGAACCGGCAGAAGCGUGCGGUCUCGAAGCCGCCGACCAUUGACAGAGUAGGAGCAUCGGAGUGCGACGACGAGUUGUCGCUGUGCUGCACCGACGCGAGGUUCUGGUCCAUGCGCAUGCGCCAGAUCCCGCUCGUCUUCGACGGCGAGACACUCAGUGGGCCGUCGAUGUCCGAAAACGGCGAGCUGCCAACAUGGAAAAAAUGCGACUAG